AAAUGUCACUAACCAAACUUAUAAUUGGCACGCUUCACUUUCGACGGAGACUUUUUAACGGCUGCUUGGACUCCCGCAUAAAUGCACCCUUAAGAGUUUCUCUUCUCCAUUUCUCACACUCUCUGUUUCUUCUCAAUUCUCAACAACGACAAUAAUAAUAAUGCCCACCACACAUGGAAGAAACCCCCAUUUGUGCUUCACCAAGAUCAAACGUCCAAUAAGGGCCCCCCAGUCAUCCCCUCCCCUCCAUCACCACCAUCCAUUUCUUUUCAGAAAUUUCAACACUCUUUACGAUUACAACUCCACCAACGCCCUCGACUCCACUUCCAAAUCCAUGACCCGCACGCAUUCCUCCGACUCUAUUUUCUCAGAAUCCGAAUUUCAAUCAGAAUCCGAACCCGACUUCGCCACCGUUUUCGCUUCUCAACGCUUUUUCUUUACCUCCCCCGGUCGCUCCAACUCCAUCGUUGAAAACACACCGUCCGUCGUCACCGCUGAAUCUUCCGAUACGCCCGUUGGUAUGAUCAGUCCCACGAACGACGAUUCGCACCAAUCAUUAGAUGUUAAUAUUUUAUCGGAAGAUUCAUUUCAAUCUUUAUUGAUGAAGCAUGCGACUGUUAAAGAUAGUGUGGCGGUCCACACCGACUCGUCGGACCCCUACUUGGACUUCCGGCGAUCCAUGCAGGAGAUGGUGGAGGCACGUCACUUAAUGGGCGCGAAAGCCAACUGGGAUUACUUGCAGGAGCUUCUUCUAUGUUACCUCGCGCUGAAUACGAAGAGCACGCACAAGUUCAUUGUAUCAGCUUUUGCUGAUCUUCUGUUGAGUCUGAUGUCGUCAGACAAUAAUUCUAGGGAGCUAGAGUAAUUAUCCCGUCAUGGUCAGCGGCGGUGGAGGCGGCGGAAGCGGUGGUAUUUAGUGUAAGUUUUGAAGAAUUGUCGGUUGAAGGAUAAUGUAAUGAUUGUCUAAUUUUUCGUUACAUAAAUAUUUUGGCAAUACAUAAUUGAUAAUAUAUGUGGGGAACUACAAAAGAUGGUCCCCUGUUUCUGUCUUCU